AGAGGGGCCUGGUCUCACGUCCCCGGAGCGAGUUGGGGGGGUUGCGGCCGGGCCUGCGUCUCUGCUGGGGCCAGCGGCCCCGCUGAGGGUGCCACGUCUGCCGCCCGCCCUGCACAGCCGCACUGGGAGCAUGGCCGGGAGAGGCCCGGGAUGCGGCUUGCAGCUGCCGGCCGGAACGCAGCCGCCUGGCGGCGGCCACCUCUACGCCGGGGAGAGCGAGGGGCUCGAGGAGGAGGGCGAGGUGUUUGAGCUGCGGCCGCGAGGCAGGGAGAAGGUCCGGCGGAGCACGUCGAGGGACAGGCUGGACGGUAUCAUCCUGCUGACGAAGGACAUCCAUGAAGGGGACACGUUGAACGCCAUCGCGCUGCAGUACUGCUGCUCGGUUGCGGAUAUCAAGAGAGUUAACAAUCUUAUCAAUGAUCAAGACUUUUUUGCUCUGAGGUCUAUCAAAAUUCCAGUGAAAAAGUUCAGUGUAUUGACUGAAACACAUGUGUCUCCAAAAGGAAGAACAGUUCUUCGGCCUGCUCACUAUUCCCCAGAAGUGCAGGAAGCAUUACCUUCUGAUAAAUUCACUGCUAAUGAGACUGCUGGCAACUUCUUAAAGGAAGUGGAUCGAGAUAUAGAAGAAAUUGUGAAGUGUAAUGAUACGAAGAGAGAGAACCUUAAUGAAGUGGUUUCUGCCUUAGCAGCCCAACAGGUCUGUUUUGAAACUGAUGGUAGAAGUAAAAAAUGCAAGGAUCCGUACUAUGGAGCAGACUGGGGGAUAGGGUGGUGGACAGCUGUAGUUAUUAUGUUGAUUAUUGGCAUAAUAACUCCCGUUUUUUAUCUUUUGUAUUACGAAGUUUUGGUGAAAGCAGAUGUCAGUCACCAUUCUACAAUGGAAUCCGCCCACUCCUUUGUCACAACAGCAUCACAUCAGAAACAAAUAGAAAAUGGAAGAAAUCCAGCAAGUAGUAUAAAUGUUGAUGGCCAAGGAGACUUCCAGCCUUACAAUCGAAAACCCCAGGCAGAUGUUAUUCACAGACACAUAGCAUAGCAUUAGGUGAAACCACAAUGCAAAAUGCAUCUGGAAUGCAGGGGAAAUACUUAAUGAUGUAUGAUUUAACUUUAUGGGCAGUGUUCCAGUCUGAGGAUAUUUCAGUGGGUGAUAUAAUCCUGUAAUAUGCUUCAAGCAGGAGAUUUUGGUGCAAGAUCAGGAUAUGAAUUAAGAUACAGAAUUGUCUUUAAAGCUUUGCACUUUUUUCUGUUUUGAUAGGUGUAUGUUUUCUAAUUAAUGACAGAGUAAAAGAAGGUAGUUUGAGCAACACAUAAGGAAUUUCACUGCACAUUUUACAGCCCCGAAGUGGGUAUUUGGGGAUAUCUAUCUUUUAAAAUAUUUAUAGAAUGCAUAGUACACUUGACAUUUUAAUAUCAAGUUUACAGUUGCCAGUUAAGACUUAUGUUCUUAAAAUUUUAUUUUUCUUAUAGAAUUCUUAAAACUCAAUCAUUCUGUAAUUAAUUGCCACUAUGAAGUCCACUUUUUGUUAGAAGUCUUUCAUAGAGGCAGUAGCUAAUGCUUAAGGUGGAAUAUUCAAAAUUUGUGCCUGUGAUCAAUCUGUUCUUCAGUACUUUUCAGUGUAGAUAGAAGGGUAGCUUUGUUCCUGUUGAUGUCAUACAUGUUGCUACGUAUGUCGUAUGUUCUUCAGCAGUUGGAUCUUUUCUUUAGAACUUCACAUACCUCCCUGUGGUAUCCUUCAGUUGACUGGACUGCACUUCUCUUAUGGUCAGCUGGAUAUGAAAUGAAAUAAGUGGAGAUGUGUGACACUUCGCUGUGAUUGCUUCAUUAAUCUUUAUGGUAAUGACUUUUUCUUCCUCCAUUUGAUCUCAGUGUAAAAGCAACUGAUUCUUCAGACAGUGGUUACCAUUGGGUUCUGAAUGUGCUAACGUUCACUUGCCCAUGAAUCUGGAAUAACAACUUUUUCCUGAAAUCUACAAAAUUUCAGAUGAGAUUCAGUGGCUGCUAGCAAGAAACUGACGCUGCAGCAGAAUAGACCAGUUGCAGCUUCACACUGUUCUCUAGUUGGUAUUCUUCAACCACUCUUUUCUUGAAUGUUUCAUUUGUUUUCAUGAACAAACUUUCUACCUUAUUUUCUUCUCUGCCUGAAAUGCUGCAGGAGGAAAACGAGCAAAAAAGAACAGGACUUGUCAUACAGGAAGAAAAAAAAAGAGGUUCUUGUGUAUUCUGAACAUUUUUAAAUAAAAACUGAUGUGUUCCUGUAA